ACAUCCAUCUCACGUCCCAUCCCAUCGACUGACUCGACCGUAAUAUUUCUCGACACUCCUUCGACCGAACUACUUCGACCUACCUUAUUCCAUCGCCCGAAGCGCACAGCCUGCGUCAGUGGACAGCACACACGGCACUAGAAUUUCCUGUCACCAACAGCAGGCACUCCACGUUCACCUCGCCCAAACAACUCCUCGACCGCACUCGCCAUGGCCUCUCCCAACGGCGCCACAUCGCCGCCGAACCGCGCCUCUCCUAUUCCUCAAUCGAUUCCCAACGGCAAGCCCGCUUCGCCUCUCGUGGCGUCCAGCAAUGCCAUGACAAAUGGCGGAGAGAAGGCUCCUCAAACUGUCAGCUCGAAAGAUCCCAAGGCGGCAGCUCAGGCGGCUAGCGACAUGAGGAACAUUGUGCGCAGGAAGUUGACGGGAUACGUUGGUUUCGCCAACCUGCCAAACCAAUGGCAUCGCAAGAGUGUGCGCAAAGGCUUCAACUUCAACGUUAUGGUCGUUGGCGAAUCUGGCCUUGGAAAGUCGACACUCGUGAACACGCUCUUCAACACCUCUCUGUACCCACCCAAGGAGCGCAAGCAGCCAUCUCUCGACUUUGCGCCCAAGACCGUCAGCAUCCAGUCCAUCUCUGCCGAUAUCGAGGAGAACGGUGUUCGUCUUCGCCUGACCGUCGUUGACACUCCCGGCUUUGGUGACUUUGUCAACAACGAUGACUCUUGGCGGCCAAUUGUCGAGAACAUCGAGCAGCGUUUCGAUGCCUACCUCGACGCCGAAAACAAGGUCAACCGCAUGAACAUUGUCGACAACCGUGUUCACGCCUGCGUCUACUUUGUUCAGCCCACUGGUCACUCUUUGAAACCGCUCGAUGUUGAAGUCAUGCGCAGACUGCACACCAAGGUCAACCUCAUUCCCGUCAUCGCCAAGGCCGACACGCUCACCGAUGAGGAGAUUGCAUCCUUCAAGCAGCGCAUCCUUGCCGACAUUCACCACCACAACAUUCACAUCUUCGAGGGACCACGCUACGAGCUCGAUGACGAGGAGACGAUCGCCGAGAACAACGAAAUCAUGUCCAAAGUUCCUUUCGCCGUUGUCGGUGCCAACACCGAGGUCCAGACACCCGAAGGCCGCAAGGUCCGCGGACGUCGCUACCCAUGGGGUGUCAUCGAGGUUGACAACGAGGAGCACUGCGACUUUGUCAAGCUCAGACAAAUGCUGAUCCGAACACACAUGGAAGAGCUCAAGGAGCACACCAACAACUUCCUCUACGAGAACUACCGAUCCGACAAGCUCGCUUCGAUGGGUGUCGCCCAGGAUCCUAGCGUGUUCAAGGAGGUCAAUCCAGCUGUCAAGCAGGAAGAGGAGCGCUCUCUGCACGAACAGAAGCUUGCCAAGAUGGAGCUCGAAAUGAAGAUGGUGUUCCAGCAAAAGGUGCAGGAGAAGGAGAGCAAGCUGAAGCAGAGCGAAGAGGAGCUGUACGCUCGUCACCGCGAGAUGAAGGAGCAGCUCGAUCGCCAACGACAGGAGCUGGAGGAGAAGAAGGUGCGCAUCGAGAGUGGUCGGCCGAUCGAGGAGAAGGGCCGCAAGAAGGGUGGUUUCUCUUUGAGGGGUUAGAUCACUGUCGGUCAAUCGCCGAUGGUCGUCCUUUGCGCUGUUGUUGUUUUGCUGAGUGUGCAACUUGUAUGCGUACGCGCGGGAGAGAGAAUGAGCGGAAGUGGUUCUGAUUUCAUCUGUUCUCUGGUGGAAAUUUGGCGACGGUGGUGGUGCAGUGUCAUCGGACGAGCGCGAUGGCAAGGGGGCCGGCAGAUCAAUACUUGGCUCUGCUCUC